AGAUUCUUAGAGUAUGGCCUGAAAGUUUUAUACAAAUUGUGCAGUUGUAUAUAGAGACCAAGGGGGCGUAUACGGUGUACCCUUUGCCCUCGUCAUAAAAAAACUCUCUUCGAGUGGGUUUAUCUCCUGUCUAUCCAAACACACUACAUGUAGCUGGGUAUAGUCUUGGACCUUGGGCCGACGUUGAUCUACAAAUAAAACACUCCUACGUGCAAACAAAACCUCGCAAACUAAGAUGCCGUGAUAUAUGAUGGGCUUUUACUAUCAGUGAUUCAGUACAGAUCUUGCGUCCAUUGUGUGAUGUUUACCGUUUUUUCGUUUUCAAUAUCUACGUUCUGUGCAUGGGAUUUGUCUUAAAUAGUUUGCUUCGCCAUGGCUAACAUGAAGGUAUGGAUGACGCUAUUGGUUUUGAUCUCCUUCCACGGGAACUCCGAAAGUCAAACUGAAAUGGUUACCAUGACGACGGAGAUGAUGGGCACAGCACCCAUGACCUUCAGGACCCUACCUCCUCCUCCUCCACCAUCAAUCCCACCACCUCCACCUACCACAGUUGAACCUACACCCGAGCCACCAGUUACAACGAGAAUCCCUCCGCCACCACCUCCUCCGUCCCCACCACCACCUCCUCCACCAUCGUCCACCGUACCAACAACACCAACGCCUACCCCUAACCUUCCUACCACAACCAGCAGGACAUCAACCAGGAUGUUAACCACCACUGUGGCCAUCGAACCUACUCAGAUGCCGAUCGAAACCACUCGCCAGAGAACGGAACCCAUCAAUGUAGAACCGAAUCCUGUCGCUGAAUCGCUUGGAAAGAUUGGUGUCUUGCUCACCAGCCCUCUAGAAGAGUUUGAUCGAGAGGAAUUCAAGAAGGUGAUAUCCCGGGAGGUCAACAACUACUGCUCCGAAUUCACUGGACAAUGUGCCGGAGAAGGUACUGUAAGUGCCAAAAACGUGGUGAUUAUAAGGGCGGAACUCUACGAGCAACCUGAGGCGAAUGGGGCCGGACGUAGACUACUUCAGGAACAGCAAAUCUUGGUAGAAUACUACGUGCAGGAUCCAUUUUUGUCUACGAAUGUGAUUCUUACAACAGAACAACAACGAAUGUUCCUUGCUAAUGAGGGAGUGAACGACGCCCUGCAGAACGACAUCGAUGGUUACAGUGGCAUUGCACCUGUGUACGCUGAACCUUUGGGUAAUGAUGGACUGGAAGGUUGGGAGAUAGCUCUCAUCGUUAUAGGCUCAGUGGCUGCUGCUGGACUGGUGAUUGGAGCCGUAGCUUUCCGUAUGUCUAAAAGUAAGUUUAGUCGUAGCUUUCGAAAAGAGCAAGCAUAUGGAUCUGGAACUGCAGGACAAGAAAACUAUACCGCAAACGGAACAUACUGGAAAUGGCUAUUCUACAGUCGUAGCAACCGUUUGGACACACCAAAGACGAAACCUUCCGUGGAUGAAGCGGAUGUUGCUACACAGGUGAAAUACAAAGAUAUAGUGUCUGCAACAGGAUUCGAAGCAGUUGAAGGAAAACCCAAGAAUGAAGCUAAUCCGACUUUGAGCAACAACGAGAAUAAGCCGAAUGGAGGAACUUCAAUGGUAGUGACUGCGGAGAUUUCAUCAUCCUCAUCUGGUUCUUCUACGUCAUCAGAGCAUGGAGAUACUGAGCUUGAUGCAACUGCACAGGAACAGCAAGAGAUCCCACCAAAAUAUGAGCCACCACCACCCAUUACAGAUACGGAUCCAGGAACGGAUCCAGGAACUGAGGAAAUACUUGCUCAAGUGGAAGAGGCAGAGGUGUUUAACGAGUUCGACAAACUUGUGGCCUCUCAAUCAGGGGAGCUUGCAGUGAACUCAGCAGCAUUUAAGAACCCAGGCUUUGUGACGUCGCCUGAUGAAGGCAGUACUCAGUAGUGAAGGCCCAUCGAAUCUUCUUUUCACAUGGACACCUUUUCAUCAUACCAAUGAUCGCAUCCAUAGGCGUAUGGACACAAUGUCACCAGGGGAGAUGAUGUAUUUUGACAGAAUAUUAAAUUUGCAGUUUCUAAAUCAUACGAUCAAGCAAUCAGAAAGCGGACACAAAAAUGACACUUUAUUUACCGUCAACAUGUAGUUUGUCAUAACUAAAUAAGAUGUUUUACGAAUAGACCCUCUUGCUGCCAAAAUAUGAGGCAACUGCUGCCCUUAUCUUGGUAACUUUUACAUUUUCAGGUGAUACAAUGGACCCAGACCCUUUACAACCGCCCCCGUACGCCUCCGAUUACAUGUCAGGUGUUGGAAUUAGAUUCCUGGUUGAAGCAGUCACGCAGUAAUGGUUCAUAUUGUUUAAUAUACAAAAUUCGACAUUUUCUGAAAUUUACCACACUUUCAAUUUCUCUUGUAUUACUUAACUUGAAUCAAAUACUUCUGUCACAUUCAACGCCAUAUGCCUCCACUAUUCGGGACCAAAAUAAUUAAGUUCUUAAUUAAUCCGGUGUGAUUAAUGGAUUUUUUCAUUCUCCUUCCAGAAUGUUAAACAGGCUUGGCAUAGGUGAACAAAGUAAUAGGCCAAAUAAAAUGCCAAAUCUAACCUUAUCAACAUUUAUUGUGAAUGUACUACUGUUCCCUUUCUGUAAACUAACUCAGAGGCGUUCCGAACAGAUUGGUCGAAGGGAUAAUGCCCCCUCCCCACCAUAAUAUUGAAACCCUUGUAGAUAUGUAAGAUGUUCAUUGAACAUCAAACUUAAUUUACAAUAGUUUUAAAGAAGAAAAGUAUAACUUAAGUUCCUGUUGUCAUUUGCAUAUUACUUGAUCUUCGUUAAUGAAAAGCUAUAUUCCGUAAUGGUUGUUUAUGUAAUUUCUGUAAAAGGUUAUAUUGAUAAUCGUGAUAGUAACAAUAAUAAUUAUAAUAAUAAUAAUAACAAUAAUAAUAAUAAUAACAAUAGUCAUCAUUAUUAUAAUAAUGAUAACAGUAAUGAUACUACUUCUGCUAAUGGUAUAUUAGUCAGGGAAGCCUGCAAUAUUAUUAUCCUAACAAUUUCCAGGUAACAAUUUACACGUGGAUGGAGAGUGGCAAGGGAGCAUUUCUGUCUUGCCAAAUAGUGCCAAGCUGAGUAAUCACUAGAAUUUUCCCUUUUAUAUAGCAUAAUAUUCCAAUUGUUACAAUGGCAAAAUUACAUAAACAAUCAUACAUCAUAUUCUUAAAGUGUAAGAUGGUGAAGAAAAUGUGUAAAAACUCUGACGUAUUUCAUUUUAUUUACUUCAGUGUCGAGGCACUGAUGUGUACGUAUCGCAAAAUACUAAAGUUUUAACAGAAGCAAAAUCCACGGUACUUGAAAGCAAAGGCUUCCUAGAAAAUGCACAUGGAUAUCAAUUCCAUUUUAUCUCUUUUCAUAUGAUAAUAAAACGUAGAUACAUAAUUAUGUGGUUUCGUUUAAUUUGAACUUGAUUUGAUAUGACCAAUAAACCGCUGAUUAAAAAUAAAAAUACUAUUGCAGUUAACGUAUGUGUAUGAUUGUGUUUAUUCCUAACCGCUUGUUUGCGAAAAUGUAUAAGUUAGAAUCGUCUGGCUUAAGUGGUGUAGCCGAACCGCCGAACCGAAUUGAAAUUGCUAGUGGGAUCGAUAAAUAUGAACAUACUGCUGGGGUGUUCCUGGACUUCUCCAAGGCUUUCGAUACAAUUAAUCAUGAUAUACUUUUGUACAAACUCAGUUAUUAUGGAAUUGAGGAAUAGCCUGACAGUGGUUCAGGAACUACCUUCACGAUCAUGAUAAACUCAGGUGACUUUAAAGUUCGUGAUCUGGUUAAAACUCUCUAAUCAUCUCGCAGGAAGAUUACACAAUAAACAAAGAAUUCAAAUUCUGUUAAGUGUAUCAAAGAA